UUUAAUAGUUUCUAUUAAUUCAGAUGUGCCUUGAACCAAAGUAACAAUUUCGUCUUUGAUUUUGUUAUUUCUUGCUAACCGUUGAUUUUCUUGAUUCUGUGGAUCCAUUUCCCAAUCAGAUUAUUGCCAAUUUUGUCAAAAUGAUGCAAACCAACUUGAAUGACUUGUGAAAUUGUGUGUUGCUUCGAUUUGGAUGAACUGUCAAUUCGCAACUAGCGACUGGCGCGAAAAACCGCAAAAAUGAAAUGGUCCACUUACAAAACGUCAACAAUUCGUCCGAAUCUCUUCCGUACUAUCACUUCAAUUUGCAGUUUUCUCAUUUGCAAUCACUUGACACAUUCUAAACUGUAAACAAACGGAUCCAUCGAUUAGGAUUGUCAACAUCAAAGCAAAAGAUUUCCGUGAAAAAUGUUCGUUGCUACCGUGUUACAGCCAGUGAAAUUUUAUCGCCAUUUCCCAUCUUCAUGUUGGAAUUUAUGUUUUGGACGUUGAACUCUCUUCGGUCAUUCGUAUUGUUCGCGUUGCAAAGUGAUUAUCGUACGAAUUAAGUAAAAAAAAGAAAGUGCGACAGAGACGAUCAUAAAAAAUGCAUUUCCAUCGUACGGCAGCAAAAGGCGAAGCGAAAAAAAAUCCACGCAACUGAAAAAAAAGAACAACCAACAGACAAAUAAAAAAAAAACAUUAUGAGCUUCUGUCAAAGCGUUCGAUAUGCGCUCGGCAUAUAUGCGAUUUGCUUUCUUUUGAAUGGAAUUUCAUCGGCCGAAGACAGUGUACGGGAGCAGUACGCAGCAGCAUCGUCACCAUCAACCAAAGCAACCAUUGAACCAGAAGGUAGAGCAUUGUUCAAUCCACGUGUCGACUACAAUCAAUGGACUCCCGUUGGACACGCCGAUCCAUUGAAAAAUGAUCCAACAUUCGAUUACGUUCCACCGACAUCGGUCAGCGUUCGGUAUUGGUCUGAAAGUAGUGAAGGCAAGAGCAACAAUGACAAUGCAGCCGCUAACAAUACAGUUGACAAAAGUGAAAUUCUUCUGCUUGGAGCCCCAGUGGAGCAUUCGGUUCAUGUGCAAUCGAAUCAUUUGCGACAACCCGAAGUGAAGUCGGCCAAUCGACGUUCAUCGCCUUAUUUUCCACCAGAACCAUCCCGUGUCUUAACGCCACCAUCCAUGCAGGCUUACAUGUCAUCGUACGACCAAAGUGCUCAUCCUUCAGAAUACAAUUACUAUGCAACACCACCGAGCAACUAUUGGAAUAAUGAUUUGCCAGUAUCGCACUCAAGUGAUGCCUACCCUGAUGAAUCGGCGAGUUAUGUGACGGUCAUUCGACCAAAAACCAAUCCACACCCAUAUUCGUCGACAAUUUACAAUAAAAAUGUUCGUAAUUCGAUUUAUCAUUUGGCGGCAAAUGUGAAUUCAUUGGAAAUUGAAAAGAGACCGCACUGGGUACAGUCAUUGCUGCAAAAAGAGGUCACUUACCAGCCACCAUCAACCACUCCAUCAGUGGUCUUUGCCUACUCGCCGCACAUAUAUGAGCCGCAAUCAACGAAUCUGAAUAUCAAAGUCGAAGCUCCGCCAAAAGACACAUUGAGUAUUGAACACUCAUUUGCCGAACCAACUACUGCUACUCCCACUCCGACGAUUAUGACUACUGAUUCGCUGUUCUCACAUUACAAUCAGCCGGCUCUUCCUGUACGUGGUCCCAUGUACCUCAUCAUUCAGGGUCAUUCCAAGGUCAAAACAUAUGGUGCCGAUCAAUAUGAUAAAAAACCGGAAAAACAUGAACCAAAAAUGGUUCCAGUUACGGUCAAAGACGAUCUAAUCGUCAAACAUUUGGUAUCAACGGAUCAAAAUGGAAAUGAAUUCCAGGUAAAACACUUGCAUAAAUUGCAUACACCUGAAGUAAAAACCAAAACAAGCUCAACCAAAACGACCAAAAAACCAUCCAAUUCUCCAAUGAUGGACAGUCUUUUGAGCUUGUUGGACACUUCAUGGGCUAACUUUGGGAUGAAUAAUAACAAAGACGACAAAACCAAAUCAAAUGAUUUGAAGAAAACCACCGAACGAACAGCAUCGAGUAUAACAAAAAUAUCGAGUAUAAUGGGCCCAACGACUAUUCGACCGAAUUCCAGCAGCUGAAGAGCUAAUUCAAAUAGAUUUAUUUAUUUAUUGUAGACUUAAUGAAAACAAAA